CAUGAGUCGCAGUGGAUCAAGAGGUUUUGGACGUGGAGGUCGUGGUGGUGGUAGAGGUGGCUUUCAACGAGAUGUAGGCCCACCGGAUACUGUCCUAGAGGUGGGCUCCUUCAUACACGCUGCAGAAGAUGAAAUGCUAUGUUCAUCAUCGAUCCCCGACAAAGUUCCUUAUUUCAAUGCACCUAUCUACCUACAAAAUAAAGCCGUCAUCGGGAAAGUCGAUGAGAUUUUGGGCCCAAUCAACGAAGUCUAUUUCUCAAUCAAGAUGGGCGAAGGCAUGGUAGCCACUAGUUUUCAAAAGGGCGACAAAGUUUACAUCGGAGGAGACAAGCUCCUCCCGAUAGAACGAUUUUUACCCAAACCCAAAGCUCCUGGCACCACAAAACGCGGCAGAGGUGCAGGGCGUGGAGCCCCGGGUGGUCGUGGUCGAGGUGCCGGUCGAGGUGCACCUGGUGGCCGCGGAGGUCGUGGUGGAGUAAGGGGAGGUUUCUCUGGUGGUCGAGGUGCACCGCGAGGUGGUGGGUUCGGUCGCGGAGGUGGAGGAUUCGGUCGCGGAGAUGGAGGAUUCGGUCGUGGUGGAGGUCGUGGUCGGGGAGGUUUCCGUGGUUCAUAUUCAUGA